CACAGUGCCUCCAUCAGCCUGCUGGCCCGGCGGAGAAAUCGAAUGCGGAGGGGAGGGCCGGGGGCAGAAACGGCUCAGGGGCGCCUCCUCGAGGCCAGGGCCCUCCGCAGGCGAGCCCGGCUGCGGUUUCCCUUCUCCGCCCCCGAGCCCUCCUCCUUUGCAGCCCCUCCCACCGGGAAGCCACUACUGCGCCGGCGUGACUUUUGCCUUGCCCUGUUCCCUGCUACCGACCGGAUGUUUGCUGAUUUCCCAUAGUGCUUUGCUAGUGGCGGGCAUGAGAGUAAUCUGCAGAGGGUUGCCGACGGGUCCUAGUCGUCAUUGUUGGAGUUGUUCUGUUGCGCCGCGGGGCUUUAGGAGAUUUGGCGCCUGGUUGCUGCCUUGUAAGUUGGUGCAAUGGCGCUUUUCCGGGGUGUGUGGAGCGUGCUGAGUGCCCUGGGAAAGUCCGGGGCGGACCUUUGCGCGGGCUGUGGAAGUCGACUGCGCUCUCCCUUCAGUUUUGCAUAUGUACCGAGAUGUUUUUCAUCCACCGUGAAUAGUUAUCCAAAGAAGCCUCUGACUUCAUACGUUCGAUUUUCUAAAGAACAGCUACCCAUAUUUAAAGCUCAGAACCCAGAUGCGAAAAAUUCAGAACUAAUUAGAAAAAUUGCCCAACUAUGGAGGGAACUUCCUGAUUCAGAGAAAAAAAUAUAUGAAGAUGCUUACAGGGCAGACUGGCAGGCAUACAAAGAAGAGAUAAACAGAAUUCAAGAACAGUUAACUCCAAGUCAGAUUGUAUCUUUGGAAAAAGAAAUUCAGCAAAAACGUUUAAAAAAGAAAGCAUUAAUAAAAAAGAGAGAGUUAACAAUGCUUGGAAAACCGAAAAGACCUCGCUCAGCUUACAACAUUUUUAUAGCUGAAAGGUUCCAGGAAUAUAAGGAUGGUACAUCACAGGUAAAGCUGAAGACUAUAAAUGAAAGCUGGAAAAAUCUCUCUAGUUCUCAAAAGCAAGUGUAUAUUCAACUUGCUAAUGAUGAUAAAAUUCGUUACUAUAAUGAAAUGAAAUCUUGGGAAGAACAGAUGCUUGAAGUUGGACGAAAUGAUCUUCUACGUCGCACAGUAAAGCACCAAACAAAAAUUGACACUGAAGAGUAUUAAACUAGAAGAUUGAGUUAUGUUCAUAAUGGAUAGACACAAACCAACUAGGUCUCAAUACCUGAUGCUGUUGAAAGUUAGAAAGGAUAAAAUUGGUGAACAUUUUAUAAUUCCUUUUUCUUUAGCCUACGGACUUCUGCCAGUUCAAUACAUUUUGUAUUAGUAUCUUGCUUUGGAAAACCCAAACAGAUAAAAAGUUCAUGUGAAAUUUA